GCAAGCACAAGCCAGUUUGUCUCUUCCCUACUCCGGUACAACCGUAAGAACUGUCUUCUGUCGAUACAUUCCUUGUUCUUCCAGAGUGUUAUAUUUCUAUUUAGCAUAGUCAAACAUAGUUAGUGUUGUUGGAGUAAAGUAGUUAGGUCAAGGAUCAAUACAAAAUAAAAAUAAAGAUGUCGGAUGCUCCAUCGAACGCAGAUGCUAAUGGCGGACCGGGACAGGUUGCAUUGCUCAGUGACCCUGUGGAUGUGAUCAUCGAUAAACUUCUAAGGUAAGAUGCCAGUCUUCGAUACGACCUGCUACAGUACCAUGUCUUCCUGAAUUCAUGGUGAAGUCUCUAGUCGAUUUGGAGGUGAACAACCAGCCGAUUGAGCUAUUCGUAUUGUUCAAUGGAGUCACGAAAGUGACUGAAACGGACUCCCUCAGGUAUCAAAAACCAACUUCGAGUUGGGGCAAUGUGCUCUACUUCAUGCCUUAUUGAGAAACGUAUAACAUCUUUUCAACCACGAGAUUGGAUUCGACAUGUGCAUGAAGACAGAAGGAUGGAUUUCAACACGCUGUGUGCAUUCUGGUAUUGGAGAUGAUCAUAGACAAGAACCUCCGUGGUGUAAUGCUAUGCUCUACUUUCCAAACAAAUGCAUUUUCACUGCAUCGACCUUUUCUAACAUCAGUUUAUUUCUAUUCCUCUUUCAGCGUCCGCGGUGCCCGGCCUGGGAAGCAAGUGGAUCUUUCCGAAGCCGAGAUCAAAAUGAUCUGCCUCCGAUCUCGUGAUUUGUUGAUCUCGCAACCCAUGCUCCUGGAAUUGGAGGCUCCAAUCAAGAUUUGUGGUGACGUUCACGGACAAUAUUACGAUUUAUUGCGUCUGUUUGAAUACGGUGGCUUCCCUCCGGAUUCUAAUUAUAUUUUCCUUGGAGAUUACGUGGAUCGUGGAAAGCAAAGUUUAGAAACAAUCUGCUUGUUGUUAGCGUAUAAGAUCAAGUACCCAGAGAACUUCUUUGUCCUACGUGGGAACCACGAAUGUGCGUCCAUCAAUCGCAUCUACGGCUUUUACGAUGAAUGCAAGCGACGGUUCGGAAUCAAACUCUGGAAGACAUUCACCGACUGUUUCAACUGUCUUCCCUGCGCCGCUGUUAUUGACGAGAAGAUAUUUUGCAUGCACGGUGGACUCAGUCCCGAACUCACAAAUCUCGACCAAGUAAAACGGAUCGUCCGACCCACAGACGUGCCCGAUACCGGUCUCCUGUGCGAUCUUCUUUGGUCGGAUCCCGACAAGGAAAUCGAUGGAUGGGGCGAAAACGAUAGGGGUGUUUCGUUCACCUUCGGGGAGGACAUUGUUGCACAAUUCCUUCACAAACACGAUCUCGACCUUAUUUGCCGUGCUCACCAGGUCGUCGAAGAUGGGUACGAAUUCUUCGCUAGAAGACAGUUGGUCACUCUCUUCUCGGCGCCCAAUUAUUGCGGUGAAUUUGACAACGCCGGAGCUAUGAUGAGCGUCGAUGAGACACUCAUGUGUUCCUUCCAAAUUCUCAAGCCGGCGGAAAAGAGACAACGUUUCUCAUACCAGGGAGGAAACCAAAGGCCGGGAACUCCACAACAGGCGCAAGGUCGUUAAAUAUUGAUGUAGGUCCAUUGAUUCCUUUUGAGAAAAAUUAUGCUUUCUCCGAGCCGUUGUUGAGCACAAACGACACGCCAUGCUUAUGUUUGUGUUUCAAAUAGGUGAUAAAUUCUGGCGUUAAAAUAGGUUACGCUUAAACACGACUUGAGGAUAGGACUCGGGCUUGGGCUUUAAAGUCCCAUGCCAAAAAAAAAUCUGGGCGAUUUACAUUUGAUGAAGUGUGAGUUGCCACACUUGACUUCUAGGAUCGGAUUGGAUUCACUUUCAUGCUUAGUUGUGCCAGACAGCAAUAUUGUUUGGUGUCACCCAGGAAACUAUGUGAAAUAGUGAAAGUUAAAUUUCUACGAAUCCCGGGCUAAAAACUCGAAAAUAUGAGAUUAAAUGUUUUGUUGCUAU